AUGAGUAAUAUUCCAAACAGUAAGGAGAUCAGAGAUGUAGUCUUCUCUUUUGGUCCUUACAAGUCGCCUAAGAAUGAUGGACUUAAUGCUCUUAUCUUUCAAUCUCAGUGGGAUAAGGUGGGUGAGUUAGUUAUUUCUUUUGUGAAAGGUGUGUUCCUUCAUCCGGACAAUAUCAAAAAGGCUAACCAAACUUUGAUUUGUCUGAUUCCUAAGAUUGAUGUGCCUGAAUCACUUAAGGAUUUUAGACCUAUAAGCCUUUGUAAUGUUAUUUACAAGACUGUAACUAAGAUUGUGGCUAAUAGGCUAAAAUCUCAUUUGGCUCUCUUGGUUAUGCCCAAUCAAUGUGGUUUUAUUAAGGGUAGAAAAAGAGCGGAUAAUAUCAUUGUGGCUCAGGAAAUCAUCCAUUUCAUGAAUAGAAAGAGAGGAGGUAAGGGUUGGAUGACUGUCAAAGUUGAUUUAGAAAAGUCUUAUGACAAGAUUUCUUGGGAGUUCUUGAAAGACACGCUUGUGGAUAUUGAAUUUUCUCCCAAUCAAGGUCUUCAUCAGGAAGAUCCUUUGUCUCCUUAUCUAUUCAUUCUUUGCAUGGAAAGACUUGCUCACUUGAUUAAUGUAGCAGUUCAGGAGGAUGUUUGGAAGCCUAUCAGAUUGAAUAGAAGGGGACCACUGCUUUCUCAUCUAUUUUUUGCAGGUGUUCUGGAAAGCUCACCUGGUUUCUUGGGAGACGGUAUGUUUGCCGAAGAAUGUAGGGGGCUUGGUUUGCGUAAAAUUAAAGAGAAUAAUAUGGCUUUUAUCAUAAAGCUAGGUCACCGUAUCAUGACUGAUCGUAAUUCGCUAUGGGUUCGGGUCCUUCGUAGCAAGUAUAAGGUGGAUGAGAGGCUCAUUCCAAACAUCUCGGCUUCAGCAAAUGAUUCUGGAUUAUGGAAAACUAUUGUUAAGAUUUGGCCUCAAACUCUAGAGAAUUCUCAUAUCAUUUUAGGUGAUGGGGUUCAUACGUCUUUUUGGAUGGACUUGUGGGUUCCAGGAUGUCCUCUACUUGUUUCUCUGGCUGUUCAAUCUAUUCCUCCUAUUAUGAUUCAUUGGUCUACGUCUCAAUUUAUAACUUGUUAUGGUAAUUGGGACUGGCCUUUAUUCCAGCACUCACUUCCUACUUCAGUAUUAGACAAGAUUCGUAGUGUGCUCCCUCCUACAGUAGAUCCUUCUCUGGACCGUGUUAUUUGGGAAGGUAGCCAAGAUGGGGGGUUUUCAGUGAAAUCAGCUUAUAAUUAUCUCAUGGGUACCUCGCAUUAUCAUCAGGAUAGAAUUUGGAAGGUAAUUUGGGCUUGGCCUGGUCCUGAACGUAUUAGACAAUUCUUAUGGCUUCUAUACACAGGUUCUCUUUUAACUAAUGUUCGUAGAGUGCAUCGUCAUAUGGCUACAAAUGUAGCGUGUCUGAGAUGUCAUUAUAAUCAUGAGGAUAGUUUACAUGCCAUUAGGGAUUGUCCUGGUGCCAGGGAAUUAUGA